AUGGCUGCAGCAGAACGAGAACGUCUUGAUGCUGCCAUAGCCAGCCGCUUGUCGCGCGAUGGAGGCGGAGCGAUGAUGGACACGCCCACAACCAGCAUGUCAUCCGGAUCAUCAUCAGAUUCGAUGAAACCAAAGGGCUCGUAUGAUUUAUCGAAUUGGAGAUAUGCUGAACUCAGAGACACGAUCAAUACAAGCACAGGUGAGGGAUAG